AUGGGACAGCUGGAGUUUAUAGCGUUUUGGGCAUGCAUUUUGGUGCAAGUGCUGUAUGGGAUGGGCGAGGAGGAAGGCGUUGAAGGAUUGGCACGAGCUGGUGAGAUGCCUUCGGUGCUGCAGUUGCUGAGGGGAGCGGUGCGACGUCGGCACCUUUUCGAUCGGGCGCUAUCUUCCCGCUGGCGAUGGCCGCCUCAGCCGCUUAUUAACAGUGCUGGAUACUGCAGUGCGACGGCUACAGCAGCCGCGGCGCCAGUUAGCCUGUGCAUUCCGGAAACACGCGUCACCGCACUACACAAUGGUUUUCGAGUGGCCAGCGAAGAUUCCAGCCUUUCUACCACUACCGUUUGUUCUUUUUGCUUCUACCGAAACGGCUCAGUAUGUUGGACAUUGUGUUGUUAA